AUGGACAUCCUGAUAUCAGAGAUUCUGUGGAAGCAGCAGUUGGUGGAGGACAGGAACCCCCUGGAGUUCCCGCUCUCCAGUUCGGAUCGAGGCCACAGUGUCUCUGCAGGCAGAAACACUCAUUUGGCGCCCACGUGGCUGGAGUUAAUGGGACCUCAGACGCUGGUAUGGAGCUCCAUGUGUAAAAGGUGUAUCGUGCAUCCCGGAAGGAAAGGUCGCAGCGGAAUUAUGGGAUCAGGAACCUCUAGGCAGUUUUGUGUCCGCAGUCUACAAGGACUGCUUCAGGCGAAAGAAAUAGGGUUCAAAGAAUCUAAAGAUGCUAUUGAUGGGGAGAUUCCGCUGGCCUUCCAUAGUGCUGAGGCUGAGCUUACGGAAUCUCAUAAAAACUCUAAAUUAGGGAAGUAUGGGGAUUCUGACNAUGAGCUAACUCCUCAAAAAGGGGAUCCUUUACCAAAAGGAGCCACCAGAUAUUCUGAGGAGGAUUGGUCUUCCAAGGAAUCCGUAUCCGGCCCACCUGUGACCUCCCCAGUAGCAGGGGCUGCUACUUUAGAUUUGCAAAUAUGUAAGUUAGAGUUUGAAAUUAAGUUGCAAAAACUGACUAAAGAGCUUCAGGAGCUAAAAGCCACAUCCUUCGGAGUGAAAAAUACUUACCCUGAGAUUUAUCAACCAUCGCUAGAGGAAGCCGUACCUAGAGCUCGUGGGGGAAGACAUGAUUCUUCUAACAGGCCGACUUUCCCCGAAGCAAAAAUGUUUGACCAACAAAACAAUAAUCGUCAAUGUCAGGCUUUGGAUUUUAAGGUGAUAAAGGAAUUAAAAACAGCUGUGGCGCAGUAUGGCCCCACAGGCCCCUUCACUCUAGCCUUAAUAGAUACGCUUGUGGAGUCAUAUUUGACCCCCCAAGAUUGGAAGACGUUGUGUAGGGCUACCUUGUCAGGAGNAGAUUUUUUACUCUGGAGUGCUGAGUGGCGAGAAGCGUGUAAGUCAAUUGCUCUUUUGAAUGCGCACACUGGUAACCCAACUUGUGAUACUGACAUGCAAUUGGGAGAGGGUAAAUAUGAAGGCAAUCUAAAUCAGAUCGGAUUUCCUGUGGGGGUUUAUGCACAGAUUGCUGCGGCUGCUCGUCGUGCGUGGACCUUGUUGCCUACCACAGGGGAUUGUAAUGGAGGUUUAUCAGGCAUUCGGCAAGGCCCCAAUGAGCCUUACCAGGAGUUUGUAGAUAGAUUACAUAGAACAGCUAGAAAAAUUGCUGGAGAUUCUCAAAUGGGAAUCCCUUUCGUUAAACAACUGGCUUAUGAGAACGCUAAUGCAGCAUGUCGUGCCUCUAUUCGGCCUUUCAAAGGACAGCUGGAUCUGGCGGGGUACAUUCGACUUUGUGCAGGAAUUGGUCCAGCUAGUGGUCAGAGUUUGGCAUUGGCGGCUACCUUACAAGAGAGCACCGCACAAAAAAUGUCGUCGGGUAAAUGUGGUGAUAGGGUGUGUUUUAAGUGUGGAAAUGUUGGUCAUUUUCGAAGCAACUGUCCAAAAAAUAAGAGUGCUGAGGGCAAAAAAUUAAGCCUUGCACCAGGAAUUUGCCCUCGCUGCAGACAGGGUAACCACUGGGCUAGGGAAU